AUGCCAUUUGGUGGAAAAAUUGUUGUUCUGGGAGGUGACUUUCGACAAAUACUACCUGUCAUUCCUCAUGGCAGCAGACAGGAAAUAGUAAAUGCAACCAUAAAUUCUUCUCAUCUAUGGUCCCAUUGUCAUUUAUUAACUUUGACCAAGAACAUGCGUCUUAAUUCUGGAAGUACCACUCAUGAUGUGAAGGAAAUAAAAGAAUUUUCGGAGUGGCUACUUAAAGUUGGGGAUGGUGAUCUUGGAGAUGAUGAAGACGGUGAAUCUAUGAUAACAAUUCCAGAUGAAUUAUUGAUUACAGAAUCGGAAGAUCCCCUUUCAGAUAUGGUUAAUUUUGUUUAUCCGAACCUCUUGGAUAAUAUUUUAGAUCCAUCGUUUUUCAAAGAACGUGCUAUUCUAACUCCAUAA